AUGUCGAAAGCGGUUGCUGAUAAGCUGAUUGCAUUACAGAGGCACUUUUUGUGGAGUAAGGAGGAUGGAAACUAUGGUAUACCUCUAGUUAAGUGGGAGCUGGUUCAGGCACCAAAAAAGGUUGGAGGCUUGGGGGUUGGAGAUGUAGUACUUAGGAACACAACACUCUUGUUUAAGUGGUGGUGGCGGUUUUCAAAGGAGGAUUGCUUGUUGUGGAAGAAGAUUGUUUAUUCAUGUAACAAUUUGAACCCGAAUGUAAUGCUAGCAUAUCAGACCUUACUGGAUGGGUUAGAGUGGAUUUGGAAUUUCCAUUGGAGGAGGGAGUUGUUCCAAUGGGAGUUGGAACUUGUCCAUCAACUUCAUGAUAGGUUAAAGCCAGUGAAGCUAUCAACUGGUAGAGAUGAUAAUGUCAUACAAUCGGAAACUUUGUCGGACGAGAUCACGAGCUAUAGUUUCACAAGUUCAAUUUGGAGAGGCGUGGUACCUUCGAGAGUUGAGCUUUUUGGAUGGUUUGUACUAGUUGGUAGAGUUAAUACCAAAGAGCGGUUGAGUAGAUUGGGUGUUAUUCCUCAUAGUGAUAAUAUUUGUGUUCUGUGUAAAAAGGAGAUAGAAUAUGUUCAGCAUUUAUUUCUUCUAUGUGAGCUUACAUGGCAGUGCUUACCGGCGGCGAGAGGGAAGGCGAGCGACAACAACGACAGAGGAUGUGACACUGGUGAAUACAGGAAAAACGAGCUCGGCGAUGACAACAACGCGAUAGGAGUGGUAGGGGAUGCGAGGGUCAAAACCGUCGCUGCGGUAGCUAUGGGCUGCGGUGGCUACAGGAUACCGUGA